AUGGAAGUAUCCGUUGAGAGCUCGUCAAGUCUCUCUCCCCUUCCACCCCAAUCAUAUCCCACUUCUCCGUCAGCCUCGAGAAAGCGCUCAAUCCAGGAGAUUGACGCAUCACCACAUUCGCCAGAGAGCAGGAAGGCAUCGAAAAUAUGUGAUCAAGAAAAUCAAGACCCAUCAUUAUCUCAAGUUGCAGCGUCCUGCACCCUGACCGAGCAACAUCUCAAAUCACCAUCAGUUCCCCCAGCCAGCAUUGAAAUUUCGAAUCAACAAAAUGGUGCGAAUACAACAACGCCUGGCGGAUCGGUGUUUGUAGCAGUCCGUCAGCCAAGCUCUACAGUGGAAACCACUUCAAGGAAUACACAACCAUCUACCCCUACGAAGAACACCAACGCCACUACGCCGACUGCGAAAAAGCUAAAGUUGUCACCUGCAAGCAAAGAAGCUAGGCAACAGGAAAAGGAAGCAAAAGAACGGCAGAAGUUAGAAGAGAAAGCCAAGAAAGAAGAGGAGAAGCGCAUAAAGGAAGAAGAGAGAAAAAAGCGCGAGGCUGAACGUGAGGAGGAACGUAAGCGAAAAGAAGAGAAGAAAAGACUGAAGGAAGAAGAGAAGGCUGCUAAAGAGGAAGAGAAACGCAAGAAAGAAGAGGAGAAGUUGAAGAAGGAACGGGCGCAGACGAAACUGAAUGCCUUUUUCGCCAAACCCAAACUUCCAGCGCAGCCAGCCGAUGAUACUUCUUCCGACUCACCCAAGAUAUCGAUCGCUGAUGGCGCCUCGAACUUGACGUCUCAGAACCCUACUCCGCCUAUUUCUGACUAUCAACGAGAAUUUCCAGACUUCUUCCUACAGUCUCACACAAGAAUUGCGCCGCCGCACCGAUUCGAACGCGACCCAGAGGCUCUUUCUCACAUGCAACAAAGGGUCGAUGCUUGCCUACAAUCCUACCGGAAUGGGUCCGCGCAGCCUUUGUCAUUCCGCCCAUCUGAACUAUUCCGAAUCAUGCCGUAUAACCGGCGGCGUGGAAGACAGGCUGCCUCGGUCAAAGAGAUUCUGCUCAGAAUGCAGAGUCUCAACGAGAAGUCUGACCCUGAUUCUGCACGGCGGGCGCAGGAAUUGCUCAGACGCAUCAAAAUGAAAUCUCUGAAGUUUGGUGAAGAUGUUCGACCUCCCUACCAGGGCACUUUUACCAAGACGCUUCUGGAAUCUGCUGCUUCUAAACUCAUGCGCAAUCCCUUCCACCGUGGCCUACCCGACAUCAACUACGAUUAUGAUUCCGAGGCCGAGUGGGAGGAGCCGGAAGAGGGCGAAGAUCUUGAUUCCGAGGAGGAAGAAGAAGGAAGCGAAGAAGGUGACGAUGACAUGGAUGGGUUCCUGGACGACGAUGAGGAUAACCUGGAGGGCAAAAGACGCUUGAUAGUAGGAGAUUUGGAGCCUCUGAGUACCGGACUACGCUGGCAAGGUGAAGGCGGAGACCACGAGCUGGAAAUGUACAGGAUCCAGACGAUCACGGACUCGGUUACCUUCCCUAUCGACCCAUUCUCCACGGCAUAUUGGCAGAAACCAAAGCCAGCAGAGCAACUCCCAACAGGUGGCGUGGGACGUUCCACUCUCCAUUCAUUCAUGGUCGUUCCUCCGAGCACUCAAUCCCAAACUGCUGCGCCUACUACCGAAGGAGGAACCCCGACCCUUUUGACCGCAGGUGGCAAGGCGAAGCGCACAUUGACACCAGAGCAACUGGCCGAAUUUAAAGAGGUGGUGAAUGGUAGCGACCUGACGAAGACAGGUCUGAUCGAGGUUCUGAAGAAACGAUUUCCAAAGGUAUCGAAAGAUGUCCUUAAGGAGACCCUUACUCACGUCGCGACGCGUGUUGGACAACGAGAGGUCGAGAAAAAGUGGGUGUGCAAUUAG